AAUCUUCUAGACCCACCCCACAAGUCUACAUCUGCCAAAGAUCUCCAUACUCCCUUUCGUUAUAAGGCUUUUCAAGAAUUUCUAUUAGUUCCUCUCUAAAUUUACCAGAAACUCCAUUGUCCCUCCAAUCCUCAUCCCUCAUUUGCCAAUCAUAAAUAGAACAUGGAAAGCAUAUUAAUUUCAGCUGUUAGAAUUAUGAUAACAUGAAUAAUUUUGUAGCAGACAAAAUGAUACAUAAAGAAAAGAAAGGAUUGGAGCAGGAAAAGAUGCAUUGCCUCUAAAAUGCAUCCUUUUGAAAUCACAAAUGGAGUACAUUUCCAUCAAAAAAUUGAUUGGUGUCCGUGACAAUCACCUCAGAAUCAGAUGAACUCUGUUCACCCUCUUCAUAUAAAACUCCUUUUCCAAUUUUGAGGUGCAAAUACCACAUAACCACCAUCUUUUAUACAAGAAUUCAAAAAUAAUUGCUUACUAUGAUUCACCAUCUCACAUUUGUGUUUGCAAUUUGUUGAACUAGGAGCUUGUGGGCUAGGCUUUUUACUUGCAUGCCCAUUAGCUCCACAUGGAACUGCAUUCAAGGACAGCCUUUUGAAUUCCCUUUCAACAGCCGAAUUCCCCCUUUCUUUGGGUUUCCAUCCUACAAUUCUCCAUAUCCAAAUGCAUCUUGCGUUUGCGCUUGCAAGUAUUCAAACCAAUAGCUUCUUGACUAUGCCAUUUCCUUGCAUGUACAUUUGCUCUGCAAGAAACAGGAUCCAUAGAUUCCUUUCUCGCCUUGCUUAUAACUGCCGAAACCUUUCUUUCUGUGGAUGGAACAGCCCCUGAUUUUUCUUUGAGUUUCUGUUCUAUGAUUCACCAUUGGCAAUUUCACCUUGUGUUUGUGCUUGAAAUUAGUCAAACCAAGAACUCCUGGACUAGGCCUUUUACUUGCACAUUCAAUUGCUCUGGAAGAGGUAUGAUCCACAGUUUCCACGUUCAAAUUGCUUUCAACUGCCGAAUCCUUUUUUCUUUGGAUGGGACAUCCCUCAAUACUGUUUGGGCCACAUCCAAUUUCAUCUCGUGUUUGCACUUACAAUUAGUUGCGCCAAGAGCUCCUAGACUAGGCCUUGCAAUCACGUCCAUCAGCUCUGCCCGAAAUAGGAUUCACAUAUUGCUUUCAACCACUGAAACAUUUCCUUUCCCUUGCUGGAACAUCCCCCAAUUUUCUCGGAGCUUCCAGUCUCUCACUUAUCGGAUCAAUCUUCAACAAUUUCCUAGUUCCUGUGUCCUUGCUCUUUGGACAGUCCCUCUAAGUGUUAUGUUUCUGGUUUGCAUGACAAUCGCCUGUUAAUGAGGAUUUUCUUAAGCUUUGUUGAUUAUUUGUUUUGUUUCUAAAUUUGAAAGUAGUAUAAAUCGAAGAACAAUUAAGAUCCGCCCAUUUUAUGUCUGUUUAGGUGAUGGAUACAUGGCUUUCUUAUGCACCAGUGAAGAACAACCCUGAGGAUGCUGCCAAGACACAUUAUGAGGUCUUCAAUGGGCAAGUGGUGGAAGUGUGGCCUCGUAUAGUAUGGAAGCCAAAAUGGGGACUAACAUUUGCCGAAAUUAGAAGUAAAGUUAGUGGAAGUUGCUCCAUUACUCAGAGAUCUACCAUGGCUAUUAAGGGUCGGAAUAUCUUUGUUAAAGAUCUCUCCUUGGAUGGAGCUCUUGUGAUUGACUCUAUCGAUGAAGCAGAGAAAAAAGAAGCUCCUACAAUGCUUGACUGGUGCGCAAACAAUCACACUAAAUAUUGGGGUGCGGCAGAGACUGAGCAUCUACAAAGAUACUUCAGUACCUGAGGAAAUACGGACCAGGGGCUUCAGAAUAAAAAAGAUUGAGCAUUACAAAUAACAGGUAAUAGUUUU